UCAAACCUCGCCGAACCUCGCGUGCCAGCCAACCAGCUGGAGGCAGCGCUUGUCCGAUAAUCACGCACGGAGGUGUAGCUUGUAAACGGCGUUUCUCGUGGAGCUCCUGUGGGACUUGAAAUUUGUGUCAACGUGCGCAACGAUGUGACCACACGGAUCGCGGCCGCACCGUGAAGCAGACCGUGUCGUGAUCGCGAGCAGAGUGCAAGGCGGACGAGAAGAGACGUAACGGAGUAACGCCGGGACGGUCGAAGGCAUUCUCAGACCCGGACGUACGGAUCGUCAAGAUGGAUUGGGAGUCGAUAGCGAGUCUGCAGCUGACCCCGGCCGAGCAGCUCUCCUACAGCGAUAUAUUCAUAUUUAGCUGCGAGAAUGCGGACAGCGUGCCCGUUAUCAAAGUCGCCGAGCUGUUACGCUCGGCCAACGUGCCGCGGGACGUCACGAUGAAGAUAUUGGAUAUUUGCAUGGGAACUAAGAGCAGCACACAUCUACGCAAAAAGCAAUUUUACGCAGUGCUGAAGCUCAUAGCGGUUCAUCAGGCUGGUCUAGAAGUCACCAGAGACGUGGUAACCGCACCUCUGGAUGUUAUUCAAUUGCCGGCGUUUACAUGGCCAGCCUCUGGUGAAGAGGAUGGCAGGAGAAGUCCGGACUUGACUAGAGGGGCAAAGAGCAGACAUCAUGCUCCGGAGAGUACCGAAAGUGAAAGCGAAGCGGAAUCUCCGCGCGAGACUGGUGGAAGCACGGACUCUCCGACUCCGACAAACAGUGUGACUCAAGAGAGAAACGACAGUAUAUUGGGCGGUGAGACCAUCUUGGAUUCUGUUUCGGGAGGCUGGCAAGGUUUGUUAGUUUCCGAAGAGCAGAGACAACUGCUGGGCACGGAAGAGGAGAGCUCGGAACGUCACAGUAGCGACGAGGCCGAAGGGGAAGGCGAUGGUUCGGGUUUUCCACCGGAAGAAGUGUGGAUUAUCAGUGACGAGCAGCGUGACUAUUAUGCCGCGCAGUUCGCACAGCUGCAAUCUGAUCCGGAAGGCCUUUUGUCGGGGCCUGUGGCUAGAACAUUUUUCGAAAAAUCACGACUUCCCGUUUCCGAGUUACGACGUAUUUGGCAGCUAGCAGAUGUCACGAGGGACGGAGCGCUCAGUUUACAAGAAUUUUACGUGGCUAUGCAUCUCGUUGUGUUGAGGAGGAAUCAUGUGCCUCUACCCGACGUCUUACCUCCGUCCUUGUCGAUUCCAUUAGUCAUGCAAACGACAACUGCCGCGCCGCAAAUUCCGCCGGUGACAACCGCUCAAAAAUCGCCGCCGAAUUCGGCGAACGAAAAGAAUAAGGAAUGGACAAAGUUCGUGGAUUCGCCAACUGGAACGAGCAGUUCUGUCACCAGUCCAGGAUUGCAGCUAGUGAAUUUCGAUUUCCAAAAGUCAGCCGUUGAGCGCGACCCGAAGAUUUUGCAUCCGGUGCCGUUGCGCUUAACGCCCGAAGCGGCAAUUCUCGCUUCCGGCGCGAACGGCAGCAGCAGCAGUUGCACAACUUUGGGUGAUGACGAUCUACAACAUUCUGCAGCAUCGUUAGCGCAACGACCACUUGCUAAGAAACCUACUGCAGCUCCUGAAGACGCCGUCAUCGUCACUCCAAAGAAGGAACCGCCACCUCCACCACCGCCCAGACCGUACAGAACACACGCGCGCAGUUCUAGUCUUGAUCUUAAUAAAUUAGGGAAAAAUGGUCAAAGCUUUCUUGGGGCACCGCCGUUAGUACCACCUAGAAUUUCGCCAGGAAUUACUUCACCUCGCAAAUUAGUCGGCCAAAGAAGCGAAGGUGAGGGACAAAGAACAUUAAGCGAAAGUCAAGGUUUUGUCGCUGAUUUCUCUCACUUUUCCCCCAAGAGUGAACUGCCUGAGAAUACGAUACUAUCUAUAGAAAAUACGGUGCCGCAGUCCCAACAAUUUACCGGAGUUUGUGGAGCAUUCCAAAUUUAUAGGAAACCCAGUCCGAAACGAGACGGCGGUGAAGAGGAUAAUAAGGACGAAUCGGAGGAUGGAAAACAAUUGACGUUACAAGAAUUAAGGGAGAAGAAUGCAGAACUACGAUUAGUCUGCGAAGAACUAACACGAGAACUAGCUAGCGCGCUUCAAGAGCGUAUAAAUCUACGCGCAAAACUCUUGCUCUUGACCUGAUGUGAUUAUUAUUCGCUAUCAUUCAUUCGAUCCGAAACUACGAGGUAUUAUUAUGUAUCCUCUACUCAUUGCAAACACAUGUAUUUAAUACAGUAUGCUAGUCUAGAAUUUCUCUUUUCCCAACGAAGUAUUCACUCAUAUUCAUAAUAAAAUCAGUGUAAGCAGAUGGAUGCGGCAGGGGAUAAAAUUUGUGAAAAUAUUACAUAUAGAUAUUUAAGAAUGAAAGCGGAAAGAUGUCUAAUAAGAAAAUUAUAAAUCGUGUACAAAUCUGAUUAUGAUCUCUGUAUUGAUGAUGUAUGAUUUACAAGUAUUUGUAAAUUUAUCAAAUCAACAAGAAAGAAAAAGAGCAAACGAGCCAAUCAAACAAUCGAAUUAAUUUAAUCUUUACAUAUGUAUAUGUAUAUUAUUAAUAACUCGAUCACGGAUGGACAUGUUUGGAAAUAUUUCUUUUCAUAAUUUUCAAGAUAUAUAUUGUAAUUCAACGCAUUUCUAUCUAGCAUUGGUUCGUUUGCUUUCUUUUCUUGCUUACUGAUUUGCAAACUUGCUUUUAUCAAGUUGAUAAGCUAUCGUUCACGUUUAUAUGCAAGAAAAGUGUAAGAGAUUCAUCUAAGCUUACGUGACUGAAUUCCCUUGUGAUUUACUGACUUGUGUUACGCUUUGCAUAAUAACUUCCUUUUUCAUUGUUGUGAAUUUAUACAUAUCCGUCUAAGUGCGCCAUACAAGUGCAUCUGUUUUUAUUAUUCGAUUUCAGCGCCGAUACUUGAAAUUUCGGAUUUUUAUUUUUCUGCGUAGAAAUUAACUGUGUAAAAAUUAUGUAGGAUGUUUCAUAUAUUAAUGAAUCUCUUGAGAGUGUAUGUUCACCAAGAGCGGAAUCAUAAUGUCCGUCAUAAACUUCGAAUUAGCUGUGUAUUGCAAAGGCGAAUGAUAGAUAUUUAUUGUUUACAACAAAAUCGAAUUGUAUUUUCAUAUAAUUAUAUGAAACUUUCAUAAAAAAAAAAGAAUGACGCCAACUGAGAAACAGAAAAACAGAAUUGUUAUGAAGUUAAAUAUUUUACUUCGUGAUAACAAAUGUACCUACAAAAUACCUAUUAAAUGUUGAAGAAAGAUAUACGAAAAAUGUGGAAUCUGCAGGAACAGAAUAUCGGAAAUAAAUUUAUAUAGAUGUGUAUGAUGCUCAGAAUCAAUUCAUGUUGAAUACGUCGAUUUUGGUGUACCGAUUCUUUGAAAUGAUAAUACUAAUUCCCAUUAGUAUAGGUUUGAAAAAAAAUAGAUGCUAUAGUUGGUGCAAAUUACUCAAAGCGUGAGAGGAAUAUAGACUUAUCAAGGCCACAGCAACAAAACCAAAUCAAUAAAAUAAUCUGCUUACUUUCUGAUUAUUUAUAUCGAUAUUUUUAUCGAUGCAGAGGUGACUGCAUGAUUACUUUACAUAUUGAAUAUGUAGCAAAAGUUGCUUGAAUUGAUUUUUUUUACUCUAGAUUUAGUUUUUGUGGUUUAGUUCUAUAUUAGUCUCAACGCUCUAUGAAAAUCGCCAUUUCUAUCCAAUCAAAUAAAUAUAGAUUGAUCCGUGAUUAAUGUAAGACCUUCGUCUCGUGCUCUUAAAUAUUUUUACUUCUUUUUACUAUAAAUAGAGCAAAUGAAUUUGCCAAGUGACCGCUCUUACUAAAAUAAUAACUCUGUGCCAUAUAAUAUGAAAUUUUAAAGUUUAUAUUGCUGUCAUGAACGAUGAUCAGCAGUGUAUCGUCUUGUCAAAUAUCACGGACUUAUUUAGAAGUUAAAGCUUGAAAAUCAACGAGUCAUACACAAAAGAUUUUUUGUAAUUGUAUAGAUAUUGUAUAAAAAUGAUAUAUAAAGUUAAUGCUUAUAUCAGAACAAUAUCUCCAACUUAUUAUUUGCGAUCCUGUAAAAAAAGGUGUAUCAAUGUAGAAUACAGAUUUAUCUGUCAAAUACGAAUAAAAAGAACUGCUUUAGUUUCAUAACAACUUUUAUUGACGUCAUUAUGUGAAUGAAAAAUAAUGUUAAUCAUACAGAAGAAAAUCACAAAUACUUAUGACAUAUCUCUCGAAUAUGAAUGAACAAAUGACGAAGGAUGAAUGUAUGCACAUAACUCUGUAUCAGGACAAGAUGCAAGUAAAAUUCCAUACUUGCGAUAAAAGAUCUGUAAUUGUUGAUUUCGAUGAGUAAAAUUGCGUUUAAUAAUUUA